AUGAAGGCCUCCAGGAAAACAUGGUGCACUUCUAAUCUUCGCAAAGCACUGCGAAGACUAGUAACUCUGAAACAUGCCGAACCUGGAUUGCAGAAGCCAAUGGUGAGUCCAGUCAAGAUAUCAGUGCUGACAAGGAGUGGUGAACCAGAGAAAAUGGCCCAGCCCAGGGCAAAUGCCAUGGAGGAUGUAGCCCAGCCACUCAAGUUGGAGCGCGGCUCCGAGUGCAGGGAAGCAGCACCGAGCCAGGUCUCAGGAUUCUGCCCUCCAAGAAAAUCUUGCCAUGAUUGGAUAGGACUCCCAGAUAAAUAUUCAAACCUUCGACCUGUUCACUUUUACAUCCCUGAAAAUGAAUCACCUUUGGAACAAAAGUUAAGAGAAUUAAGACAAGAAACACAGAAAUGGAACCAGCAGUUCUGGGCAAACCAGAAUUUGACUUUUCAUAAGGAAAAAGAAGAGUUCAUUCACUCAAGACUAAAAGCCAAAGGCCUGGGACUGAGAGCUGAAUCAGGUCAAAAAGCAACAUUGAAUGCAGAAGAAAUGGCUGACUUUUACAAGGAAUUUUUAAGUAAAAAUUUUCAGAAGCACAUGUAUUAUAACAGGGACUGGUACAAGCGUAAUUUUGCCAUCACCUUCUUCAUGGGAAAAGUGGCCCUGGAGAGGAUUUGGAACAAGCUUAGACUGAAACACAAGAAGACCAGAAAUUAGGAGCCCACUCUGACCUAUCCAGCGGCGUCCGAGUUUCCACAAGAAGCAGCUGCUUAUAGGAGCUCUUUUUUCAAGGGCUCUAAUACCUGUGAGUGCAGGGCAGGCUGGGAGGACGUGAGUCCUGCUGUGCUGAGGCCAACGUGGCUCCGU